UUGAAAAAGUUUUAGUUGGUUGUUUUCUAUUCUUGUGACAGGACAACCUUUCUGCAGUUGAUAUCCUUUCUGCAUGCAAUCUUGUGAACUAUUUUGGGAAAAUGGUUCUUGGAGGUUCUGGUGUCGGGCAGAUCACUGUCUAUCCCAUACUCAUCAGGAAGGGUUCAACAUCUGUAGCUCUGUAUGGCCUUGGAAAUAUUAGAGAUGAACGGCUUAAUAGAAUGUUUCAGACGCCACAUGCUGUACAGUGGAUGCGACCUGAAGCUCAAGAAGGCUGUCAAGUAACAGACUGGUUCAACAUUCUAGUACUUCAUCAGAACAGAGUGAAGACAAAUCCUAAAAAUGCCAUAAACGAGCAUUUUUUGCCACGGUUCAUGGACUUCAUUGUGUGGGGGCAUGAACAUGAAUGUCUUAUUGACCCUCAGGAAGUUCCAGGUAUGGGUUUCCACAUUACUCAACCAGGUUCUUCUGUGGCAACAUCGCUAAUUGAUGGAGAAUCAAAGCCGAAACAUGUACUUCUUUUAGAGAUCAAGGGAAAUCAAUAUCGUCCAACCAAGAUACCUUUAAACUCAGUGAGGCCUUUUGAAUAUACUGAGUUAGUAUUAAAGGAUGAAUCCGACAUUGAUCCUAAUGAUCAAAAUUCAAUUCUUGAACAUUUGGACAAAGUGGUCAGAAAUCUGAUAGACAAGUCUAGCCAAAAGGGUACUAACAGUUCAGAGGUCAAGCUUCCAUUAGUCCGAGUAAAGGUUGAUUACUCUGGAUUUAUGACAAUAAAUCCACAAAGGUUUGGGCAAAAGUAUGUGGGGAAGGUUGCAAAUCCCCAGGAUAUUCUUAUAUUCUCAAAAGCUUCAAGAAAAGGUCAAAGUGAAGCUAAAUUCAAUGAUUCUGAACGGCUUCGACCAGAAGAAUUAAAUCAACAAAAUAUAGAGGCUUUGGUUGCUGAGAAUAAUUUGGUACUCAAUCAAGUUUCAUUCUUUUGUUUUUCUUUAUUUAAUUAUUGAUAAUCAAUUCAUUUGGUACUUUUCAUUACAGUGGAACUUUGGUGUACAUGAUCAUAAAUGUGAACAGUUAUACCUUUGAACUAUUUCCAGUAGGCAACCAUUUUUCCUUCUUUUUUGUUUUUUCUCUUUCUUUUCCGUGAAAUAUACAGUGACCUCAUCAAAGAGGCAGCAAACCUUUAUUUGUGGAUUUUUUCGCAAAUUGUAUUUAGGUUCCCAAUUAUGAAUUUUCGCCAGCACCAUUAUGGGUUUCUGGUUUUGUGAAGAUAUUUUAUUUUUUAUUUUACGAUCUUUUCAGUUCACUGGAUCAUAUGGAAAGUUGGAUGUAUAAUAAUUGGAAAUGAGAACAGAGAAGUUCAUGAGAUCAGAAUUCUGAACUAAGAUGAUAUCAUAUAAUACAUAUAUAUAUAUAUAUAUAAUAGAAAUUCAAAAAUUCACUUUUGCUUGCAUACCGUUCAAUUUUGCCAGAAUUACAUUUUCCGGUCGGUAUUGACCAGUAUUUAUGAAAUUGGCUGGUACUUAUCGAGAAGUUAACCGGAACGGUAUUGGUCUAUUUGUAUUCCGUUUUCUCUCUGGUAUGGUAUUGACAACUAUGAUGUGAACUGAUCUUGAUAUUUCAUAACCUUUCCCUUCCCUUUCUUUUCUCUCCACAAAUCCAAGAACCAAACACGACAUUAGUACCUCUCUUUUUCCCAUUUAGUUUCUCUACAUUAUCUCUUUCAUUUCCUAGUAAUGGGGUAACGGCUAAGCUUGGUGCAGUGGUAAAUGCUUUGCCUGCCACAAUGCUAGAAGGUUCUAUUUGUAACUUGUCCACCCCUCCAAGGGCUGUGAGUUUGAGAGAAAGGUAAGAAUGGACUUUUAAUUCCAAAUAAUGGUGUACUCCUGGAAAA